UUUCAUCUUAGAUUCCUAAACCCAACCCCAGAGAGAAAGAACUUUGCCAAUAUCUUAAACAUCCCCUAGCAAUGUCUUGCCCAUGUGGAAGUGUAAAACGCCAUUUGAUUAUUGAAGGCCUGGAGACAGAAAGGCCUCGAUUGGUUCGGAUUUCAUCACUGGGACCUGAGGCCCGUUCAUCUAUUCCACUGAGCGUUCGGCCGAUGGGUACCACUUUAAGUAGGUCUAUUAUCAUGGAAUCUGCACCAGCAGCAAGUGAGCCAGGACCGAAGCGUUAUUCAAUUGGAUUCGAAGGCUCUAAGCUGCAGACAGUCCUCAGCGAAGGCUCUAAGCAUCACCAUGACAAUAAUCCUCAUCCGCGGGGAAUCCUGAAACAGCCGACAUCAGCAUUUCCCUUUGAGAAUGACAGGCACUCAAGUCCACACAUCGCCCCAAAGCCAGUAGAAAGUGUACGGCUUGAAGUCGGGCAGCCCUCGCAGUCCAAACCCCCAGCAUCCGAUAUUAUGAAGGUCCACGCCUACAGGAGACGAGGAAACUCUAUAACAAAGGAUCGAGAUUCAGCAAUUGUGUGUGACAAGAUCGAGAUCGGGUCAGGCGAUAUAUUGAUGGGUGGAAGUGUCAUGCCUGAAGAGUCAAAUAUCCAGAAUAUCCAGGCAGCGAUUGUUCCAGAAGGCCCGCAAUGGUGA